GUAUGAAAUGAGUUCGUGGUAUUAUUAUAAAACACCGGUAUACGUUCGAUGGCAGUGGACAGCGCUAGCCAGUAGACAGAAAGAUGCUGCGCGGUGCGGUAGUUGUGAUCUUUGGCCUUUGUUUGCUGGCCCUAGCUCAUGGGAUGCCACAGUCACAGAUCCCAUGGCUUCAGUCUAGCGACGGGGGCUUCAAGGUGAAUUUCGGUGGUUUCCACGCUCAAGUCGGACGACGCGCUAACGCGGAUGGCUCCCAACUUGGGGGUGGAUAUGAUGUCAGCGCAGGGACACCCUGGGGAGCUAAAGCCGGCGCCGGCUUGCAAGGAUUGUUGAAUCCUUCCAACACCAAUGGAAAUUUAUAUUCAUACGCAACACGUGGUGAUGGAAGACCUCCAGUAAGAGCUGGACUAGGCGGUAGCUUGGGUGGCACUGGAUCAUCGAGCAAUCCAACUUGGGGUAAUAUCUACGCUGACAGACAAGGUUAACAAACUGAUCCCCCAUUCGGGAACACCAAACAAUGAUAAACUGAUUCAGUGGAGAAUGACUACUCAUCAUCCAAGAGAGUGGAUCAUUGAAUUCAUGGCGUCGAAGAGAAGGAUAAUGGAAUAUGAUUUACAAUGCACAUAGUACUAUUAGCACACAGUAUUGUAUUAAAAGUUCUUUGUUGUAAGCAAUAAAGGAAUGUCCUUAAACCGAA